AUGGUGUCUCUUUCUGAUAUCCACGCUUCCAACGCAUGCAUUUCCUCCUCCUUUCCCCCCGGUCUCGUCGCGCUCUUCGUAGGCGCCACCAGCGGCAUUGGGGCAGCCACGUUGAAAACAUUCGCCAAAUAUGCACAUCGACCACGAGCGUACUUCGUCGGUCGCUCGCAGGAGGCAGCCGACCGGAUCGUGGCCGAAUGUCAGACUCUCAAUCCAGAGGGGGAGUAUAUCUUCAUCCGGGCGGACGUGAGUCUCAUCCGGGUAGUUGACGAGGUCUGCAUGCAGAUCCAGACUCGAGAAUCCCAUUUGAAUGUCCUCUUUCUCACUGCGGGCGUUCCCAGUUUGGAUCGUAGCGAGACCUCGGAGAAGCUGCACCUGCUGGCUUCCUUGAAUUACUACUCGCGUCUACGGUUCAUGACUCGGCUCCUUCCUCUCCUUACCCAGGCUGCUUUCCUUCGUCGUGUGGUGACCGUCGGCGGGGGAGGCUUGGAAGGUCCGCUGGAUUCGUCGGAUUUUUCUGCUCUUCGAGUUCCCGACGAGCAACUCCGGGGACAUCUAUGUACCAUGAUUACUUUGGGUGUGGAGGCUGUGGCCCGGUCGGCGCCCGAGGUGGCAUUCAUCCAUAAUUAUCCCGGGGGAGUGGACACGCCCUUAGCCCGACGUCAGCAGUACGUUGCUGUCAGUGAAGCUGAAUUGAUGUCGCCGGAGGAGAGCGGCGAACGACAGUUGUAUCUGGUGACGAGUGCUCGGUAUGCGCCUCUCCAGGGGACGGAAUCCAUGCUGUCCGUUAACGGUGCUGGGAGAGCCACGGGGACGACGGGGGAGAUAGGCAGUGGGAUGUAUUCAGUCGGAUGGGAUGGGGAGAGCACAUCCUCGGAGACACUCGCCUUUCUGGCGGGUCUGCGAGAAACAGGGAUUGCUGAGCAGGUGUGGGAGCAUACGAAGGGGGAAUUUAUGCGGAUUACCCUGUAG